ACAAAGGACAGGCUUAGCUGCUUUAUAAGAGGACAGCUGGCCAGUUCCAAUAUGCAGGGAGAGGUAGAAUGUGCUCUGUGCCUCUAACUUCCCAGAGUGGUAAAAGCUCCUUUUGAUCAGAGUUGCUGGCAGCCAUGGGGCUGCUGACUGGGGAUGCACUGUUCUCUGUGGCUCUGGCCGUGGCCGUCUUUUUGCUCUUGGUGGACUUGAUGCACCGGUGGCAACGCUGGGCUGCUCGCUACCCACCAGGCCCUGUUCCAGUCCCUGGACUUGGUAACCUGCUGCAGGUGGACUUUGAGGAUAUGGCGUACUCCUGCUACAAGGUGGGGGAGCUGGUGGUGGAGAGCAGCAAAGAUCAGCUGCAACAGCGGUUUGGGGACGUGUUCAGCCUGCAGUUUGCCUGGACUCCUGUGGUCGUGGUCAAUGGAGUGAAGGCUGUGCGAGAAGCUCUGGUGAACCACGGCGAGGACACCUCAGAUCGGCCCACACUGCCCAGCAGUACACUACUGGGCUUUGGACCAAAAUCCCAAGGCGUUUUUGGAGCCUACUAUGGACCUGCCUGGCGUGAGCAGCGACGCUUCUCUGUGUCCACUUUGCGCAACUUCGGCGUGGGGAAGAAGUCCCUGGAGCAGUGGGUGACCGAGGAGGCCGCCUGCCUGUGUGCUGCUUUCGCCAACCAUGCUGGACAGCCCUUUUGCCCCAAAGCCCUGCUGAACAAAGCAGUAUGCAACGUGAUCUCCUCCCUCAUCUAUGCGCGCCGCUUCGAUUAUGAUGACCCGAUGGUCCUCAGGCUGUUAGAAUUCCUGGAAGACAGCUUGAGGGAGGACUUCAGCUUAAAGAUUCAGGUAGUGAACUCAAUGCCACUGCUCCUACGCAUCCCAUGGGUGGCUGCCAAAGUCCUGCCUGCACAGAGGUCCUUCAUGGCCUUGAAUAAUGAGCUGUUGGCUGAGCACAACACAGGCUGGGCCCCAGACCAGCCUCCCCGAGAUCUGACUGAUGCUUUCCUGACCGAGAUGCAUAAGGCCCAGGGGAACUCCGAGAGCACCUUCAAUGAUCAGAACCUUCGUCUACUCCUAUUUGAGCUGUUUGUUGCUGGAAUGGGGACCUCAGCAGUCACAUUGUCCUGGGCUCUACUCCUCAUGAUCCUGCACCCAGAUGUGCAGCGUCGUGUGCAACAGGAGAUUGAUGAAGUAAUAGGGCAGGGGCGGCGCCCAGAGAUGGAGGACCAGGCCCGCAUGCCCUUCACCAAUGCCGUGAUUCAUGAGGUGCAGCGCUUUGCAGACAUCGUCCCAAUGGGUGUUCCCCACAUGACAUCUCGUGACACUGAGGUGCAAGGCUUCCUCAUCCCCAAGGGCACGACGCUCCUCGCCAACCUGUCAUCAGUGCUGAAGGAUGAGACUGUCUGGGAGAAGCCCUUGCACUUCCACCCAGGACACUUCCUGGACGCUGAGGGCCGCUUUGUGAAACGUGAGGCCUUCAUGCCAUUCUCCGCAGGUCCCCGCAUAUGCCUCGGGGAGCCCCUGGCCCGCAUGGUGCUCUUCCUGUUCUUCACCUCCCUGCUGCAGCACUUCAGCUUCUCGGUGCCUGAAGGGCAGCCCCGGCCCAGUGACCGCGGUGUACCUGCCUUCGUAGUGACUCCAUCCCCCUACCAGCUCUGUGCUGUGCUCCGCUAGAGGAUGCACUGUGCCCCACUGUACCCUAGAUUAAGGACUUAAUGUACAAUAAUCCAGUCUGUGACUCACCUGGUGUCUGUAUUGAGUCCUCCUUACUCAAAGCCCACGUGUGAUGCUUUCUUCCACAUGUCUAAAGCCAGCCCUGAUUCCCUGCCCUAUUCUGACCUCAUCACUGUAGUCACCAUAUGAGGAGUGCAUCUGCUUAUACUCAGUAUGUGACAACUCACCCAGGUCACCCAUGGAGACCGAAGACAGGCUUGUGAGUUGGUGGCAAUCCCUAAGCAGCAGUCUGAGCUCCAUGGGUGUCAGGUAAGUGGUGAGUGAGUGUUAAGAGGUUUCUCUCAGGAAUAAAUACAAUCCCUGAAAGGGGGCUAGAUGGUGUGGGAGGUCCCCAGGGUCACCCUCAGUUCAGUGAGUAGCUAGAAAAUACAGUAGGCAUGGCAAUGUUGUUGUACUCGUUGUUAUGGUUUAUUAUAGUGACAAAAUACACGUCCAAAUCAGGGGCCAUGAAAGGCACAGGGUUGGGGUCCAGAAAGUCAGAUAAAAGAUUUAGCAGUGCUUUCUGACGAGAGUACCCAGAGGGUCAGUUCUCCGAGCCACAAGGGGUACCUGACACAGUGGGCACUCCUUAUCAGGGCAAAUGCAGUCCAGCCAUGGUGUCCAGGGGUUUUCUUGAGGUGCAUUCCAUUGGCACGGUGUACAGACAUGGCUGACCUCAGGGACUCAGUUUCCAUCCCCUCUGGGUCAUAUUGAGGCAGUCCAGGACCCACUUAGGCCAGGCUACUGGCAUAAUUGGUGACAUUUUGCUACAGCUCCUUCAGGAUCAUCCCAUCAGGGGGAAUCAGUCAAAGCUUUAGGAAGCUUAGAAGCUUCCCUACUGCCCACUAGGAGACAAAUGUGUGUGUUGGCACAUGCAGUGUUCAAUGCAGGAGCCUCCCAUGGUAAUUGAGUCUGUCCUGUGCCAGACUCUUACUGCAAGAUGCUCACAGUCAUAGGAGUAUCCUCAUGCUUUAAUUUUGUUGUGGAAUGACAUCUACCAAACCUUUAGCAUCUUCCUCUACUACUUUUUUCUUUUUUGCUCAUGCUGAGGGUCAAACUCUAAGCUUUGUGUGCAGCCAGCAGAUGCUCUGCCAGUCAGCUCCACUUCCAGCCUCACCUUACCCAUUUUCCAGCGUUCUGCAGUGCUGUCAGAUGUAUUAAUAAUGGACAAAGAGCUCACUGACCACCCGCAGCUGUCUUCACCACGGAAAGCUGAAGCCCUCAGCUCCUCACACAGCAGCGCCUGUGCCCUCCUCGCCACCCCUUGGCAACCACCACCCCUGUAUCUGUGAAAAUGAUAUCCAUAGGGAAGUCAUCAAAGUGGAAUCCUGUCUGUGUGUCUGUUUGACUGACUUAUUCCACUUGAGGGAGUGUCUUCAGGUUUCCUUCCUCUUUCGGCAGAUAGCAGGAUUUUGGGAUUAUACAAAUGCCGUAUACAUUCUGUAGACAAUCUAUUUCCAGUUUUGAAUUUUGCCCCUUUUCUUAAGCUACCAGUGUGCACCACUUUCUGGGCAUGCUGGGCAGUGGCAGUGGGUGUAACUCCCAGUACAUCAGAGGGUCACCAGGAUGGAGCACUGGUGCCCUUCAGGUGCCACAGCGCUGUGCUGCUCAGCAGGUAAGAGGUGUUUGAUUCAUUUUCAAUUCAUGGUGGGCCUAGCAGGACACUGAUCCAGGAGCAUCUGUACUAUUUGUGAAUCAGAAAAUGUGAGACUUCCACCCUUGUUCUAUUUCAAGAUUGUUUUUGUGUUUGGGGUCCUCAGACAUUCCAUAAGAAGUUUAGAGAACAUUUUUCCAUUUCUGCAAAAGUAAAAGAAAACAUAACCGUGUUGGGAGGUUGAUGAGAAUUGUAAUAAAUGUAUAGAUCACUUUGGGCUCUGUAAAAUGCAAAGGAUACUUUAUCUCAUCCCAUGAACAAUAAAAACUACUGUCAUAGUUUCA